UGGCGAGGAGGCAGUAUGCGAGACGAGAGGAGUGAAGGUCGACUAUAAAGAGAGAACAGAACAGAACCGAAAUAACUAAAAUGAGGUGGAUUGAACUGUUGUAAAGAGUGUUUUAUAUAUACGCGGAGAAGAUAUGUUUCAUCAAGUGGUGGAUGGUGAUAGCAGAGGAUUGCAUACACAUUUGUAUAUCAUUCUUCCCAGCCAGUCAGUCUUGUUCCAUUGCAGACCUCUUGUUGUUGGUGGAUAAACAGCAUCGUCGUCAUAUUGUUGUGGAGACCCUUUAAGACUGCUCUGCAAACAGUACUGGAAGGAUCCCUUUUUCCACUCUCCCCGUUUGAAACCCAUCUGCUCUUCCAUGUAAAAUGUGACCAGUGUUAUGUUGUAGGCUGCCAGUUGGUAAAGGGCCGUCCGCGUGAGUGUACAGUACCACCAGCAGGAGUGCGUACAGAGCGAGUAAAUGUGAGGGAGGGAGAGAGAGAGACUUAUUGAGUACUUCAAAGUACACGUGCGUUUUCCAUACAUACGUUUUUCGUACGAGGGAAAAGGGAUGGGACACUUUAAGACGUGGGUUGUAAGAAGAGGAGAAAGUUGGGGAAUAAAUGUUGGGCAGAAGAGAAAGCUAGAUUUGUAUUAAGUGGUUUAACACAAGGGAAAUUUUGGUGAAAGGUUAAAAUGAGAAAGUGUAAUUAUACGGGAAGAAAGGAGCUUUAAAAGAAGGAGAAAGUUAUAGAGAAAGCAGAGAGCGACACAAAACUUGGAAAUGAAGACGACUUAAUAGGAAUUGGACAUUACACGCAUUUCGAAUUUACCUACCAUCUCAGCGAAACUGAUCCCACUUUUUAUCCGAAAGCUUUAUAAUUUUGAGAUUAAUGGCCCCAACUACUUCAAUCUCGUCCGAAUGUGAUACCCAACAGGACCCACGAAAUGAAUCAAACGAGUCAUCCGGGUAUGUUGCAGCAGCCCCCAGGCGUGGCCGUGCAGCAUACCGUCGUCAGCAACUACCUCCAUCCACACCCACAUCCAGGUGAGGACAUGGAAAUUUCCUCCUCCCAUCAACACCACCAACAACAACUUCCCCCUCACCCGACAUCCUGGGGGAAAUGUGACCCUGAUAAUUCCUCGUCCUCGCCGUCUUCUAAUUUUGGUGCUUCUACGACUCCUGGAUAUGGUGACUACCCGCAGCAGUGCUACUAUCCCCCCAACAAUUACCCCCACCAUCACCAACAACAUCACGACACGCCACGUCCCGAUUCGACAGAUUACCACCACACGCCUUCCGGAUUUUACAACAACCAUCAGCAUCACAACCCGCAUCACCAAGUGGACGAAGUGGGUGGGAGGGGAGAUUGUCGAGGACAAUAUUAUCCCAACCCUGCCGCCACUUCUGAUCAAUUUGUACCCUAUGAACAGAGAAAUAGUGGCAACAACACGACCCCCUCCUCCUCAUGCGCUUUGGGAGGAGGUGGUGGUCACAAUAAUGCUGGAGCUGUUAAUUUCUACGGCUAUUAUCAAAAUAGUCACAAUAACGGUCAUUACGAAGGGUAUUCUGGUGGGGAAGAGGGUGGAGAAAGUGGCUUCGUCCAUAACAGAGGAAUGGUUGGGACGCAUCGUUACUUUGACCAAAAUCAUCACCACCAACAACACCACCCAGAUGCCUACUUUCCCCCGUACGGACACAACCCGAGUAGUUCCAGAUACCCGGUGUCUGCCUCUGUCCCCAAUAAUGCGAAUUCAAAUCCAUCCCUCCCAAACAACCUGCCUCAGUACAACAAUAGUCAUCAUCACCAUCAGCAUAAUAAUCAUCACCAUCCCGGCCAUCACCACCACCCCCCGUUCAGAAGGAAGUCUAUGGAGUCGUACGUUUCUGAAGGGUACACCAACACCAAGCUUGUCGUCGGUGCUGGUAGUAGUGCUCCUGGUUUUAAUAACAAUCAAGUCCAAACUUCCGGUUUUGUGGGAGGAGGAGGAAGCAGUUCACCUUCCCAACAGCAGCAACAAACUGCCUACUGUUCGCCAGCCCCAUCCCCGUCUUCCUCCACCUCACCGGCCAUGAUGAUCAAGAGGGAAUGCUUAUCCAACCCGCCUCCACCCACCCCACCGCCUCCAAGCACAAGCUGGGUGAGAAAUUCGUCCAGCAACUCCAGUGCCAACUGUUCCAGUACGAGUGACCAUUACAACCCGCAUCACAACAACCUGUACCCCCACCAACAAUCCGCCACCUAUUCCGUCGACUUCCCCACCUUCAAGUCGUGUGCAUUCGAACAUAACAACGGUCCUGGAAGGGACGAGUGUGCUAAUAGUGAAAUGAAAUUACAAAACAAUUACGCCAUGAAACCGGGUUCUGUGAAGCAUCGGAGUUUGUCCAUCCCUGCAGGGUUACCGUCUUCGUCAACCUCGUCCCUCCUAUACGGCGGAGGACCAGGUCUUCAUCAUCACAAUAAUAGCAGUGACAUUCAAAUGGGUGGUGGUGAAAGCAUGGAGAAGGUUGAAGACUCCUCGUUGUCAUAUCCGCUCUCAUGUCAUGGAGAAAGUGGGCUCCCUUCGUGCUCCUCGUAUCAUGAGGAUCACGCCCAACAAAGUGAUAAUGAGCGCAACAAUGCUUCCCCGUAUCACACACAACAACAGCACCACUCCUCCUCGUCAUCGUCUAAUUCCUCCUCUUCGUCGUCCCAGUCUCCCUCGGGAGGAGGGAAUGAAGACUUGUCGAAUGGUGGACCCCCACCCCACCACAUUAUUCUCCAAGGUACUGACUCGACCACAGCAAACUGUGAUGAAGAUGAGGAUGGAGAAGAUGACGACGAUGACGACAAUGAUGACACCAAUCUUGACAACGAGGAAGGAGACGAAGACGACGAAGAGAUGGAAACGUCCUCCCUCCUUCACGAAUUCGACGUGGAUGACAUCCCCGAAAGCGAUAUGAUUAUUGCUGAAGACGAUGAAGACGACGAUGAUCAAGAUGUAGACAAAGCCUUUCCGGAUGAAGAUGACGAUGAAGAUUUGCCCGGACAAGGCGAAGACUCGGAAAGUAAUCCAAAUAACAAUGUGAUAAGUACUACCGGUAAUGAUAACAGUGGCGGCGGGGGCGAACUCGAUGUGGACCCUCCACCACCCAGCAAUUCAGCAGCUCCUGAAAUUCACUCCAAUUCGAAUUCUAACACGUCCUUCACCUCUGCCCUCUUCUCCCUCAAGAGGUCGAACAGCAUGUCGUACCCGUUCGGGGGAGGGAGUGGUGGGUCAAGUCGGAGCAGUUGUCAGCAAGAUGACCAAAACCCGGCGAAUACAACCACGACCUCGACGACGACUCAUUGCGACUCUGGAAUUUCAAUGUCAUUCUCAUUCUCAUUAAAUAACAAUAAUAAUACAAAUUCGUCCUCUUCGAGUAGUCCGAGUCCGCACAAAAUCUCGAAAAGGUCUUUAAGUGAGACGGACGUGGUGAACACGACGACAACGACGGCUCACUUCGCUCACUCGGUGGAAAGCAAUUUGGCGACUGGAAGUGGGUGUGACGGUAGUGAAGCGUCCUGUAGUCCUCCAAUAACAACGACGACCACGACGAGUGAAAGUACUGCAAGAACUACAAACAAUUCGGUUACUUUUCAUAGUUCUAGUGAACAAGAAUCGAGUGCAGGUGAACCACCGCAGAGUGAGACAAGUACUAAUAUUCCCAAAAGUGGGGGUGGUGGCGGUGGUGGUGUGGUUGUGCCAAAAGGGUGGAAACGUGAGAUUUAUUUUGCCAAAGAUGCUGUUACCGUGUUUUAUAUCAGUCCGAGUGAAACAAAGUUGAAGAGUUUGGACGAGUUGAAGAACUACAUCUGCUCCGAUGGGACAUGCAAAUGCGGACUCAGCUGCCCAUUAAGACUCGAUCAUGCGUUCAGUUUUGAUCCAAAGGUGAUAAGCGUAUCUUGUGAGAAACGUCAAAAACGUACCAAUUCUGAAGAUGACUUAAUGUACCUCACCGGCUUUAAGGAGCACACGGAUGAAGAAGAAGUAGUCGAAGAUGAACCCAAAACCACGUUGUGCAAUCAUUACAAAAGAAAAAUCCCAAAAUCUGAGGAUUCACCUUUGAUCUCUUCUACGAGAGAGGAUUUAGGAGAUUGUCCCAACAAUGGGAGUAAAAAACGGAGAAUUAGUGAAUCUUCGGACUUUUCUGUGUCAUCGAAUCCUGGACUUGGACCUGGAAAUGCGACGCCCACUUAUCAAACGACGUCAUCAAGUAAGGGCUCCCCCACCCCGCCAACCCUUCAGUCUAGAAACACGUUUUCAUCAUCACGAGGCCUCCAUGUCGCUGUCCCAUGUUCUCAACAAAGUCCCGACACGACGACACAAACACCACAGACGGAAAUGUCCCCAGCUUCCUCGGUGGGAUCGGAACGUUCCUUCACCACGACGAGUCGACCACUUCGAUCUACUCCGACUCCACCGUCGUCAUCCUCGUCUUCUUCGACCACACCGCUUGGAAAAUCCAGUCCGCCCGGUGUCAUGACAAGAAGUGCGGCCGCAGCGACGAAGAAUGACAAUUUAACCGCUUCGCCUAAUACUACACCUCCGCCCACGAGUAAUUCCCCCACCAUCACAACUACUCCACCAACGACCACGACUACAUCAUCAUCCACCAGAAAAGCAUCUUCUAACCAGCCCCACAUUAGUACAACGACAACGAGCCAAAAAUGUGGUGGCAGAGAAAAGUCUCCUUGUCCCAAUGUGGAUGUGAGGUCACUUCCCACCGAAGGAAAUCGUCCCCCGCAGCCAGGAAAGGAAACGGUGUCGAGUAAUUCGCCCCCGCCCGUCGUAAUUGUGCCAUCAUUGCCGCCAUCAAGUACGACCACGACGACGAUAAUAACUCCUCCCACUCUGCCUCCCUUGGUGGACUUGUCUGGAAACCUGCUCGGACUUUCGUCCACCCCGACAACAACUAUUUCAACAUCAUCAUCACCUUCUUCUAGUCAGUAUACGCUAACUCCGCUCAGCCUUGCGGAUUGCACGAAUAACACGACCAUCACACCAGCCACGACCACCACGACGACGACAACUUGUAACCUGUCCACUUUACCAAUGACGAUGAAUAUGAGUCUCAACUCGAACGGUUGUGGUUUCACGUUGUCCCCCAUUGUUCAUUCUGGGACGGGGAUGAGCAUAUUGAAUUCUCCACUUACAAUUCCAACCUUAGAUCUCCAGAAAUUAAUCGGGGCUGACGGGACGCUCCAGCAACAGCACACGUUCCUCCCACAAUUCCAACCACAAGUCCUCUUCUCGAUCCCAAGUAAUAAUAACAACGCGACGAAUAACACUGGUGGGCAGCAGCUCACCCAAAUCCAGCCAUUGGUCAAUACCACGUCACUCAAUGGUGCCACGGUCGUAAUGGAGAAGGUCAGUUCGGGAGAGAAAGCUGCAGACUCAUCAGCAGAGAAAUCUCCGCUCCAAUUAGUUCAGGAUGUGGUGAAUCGUGUCGAUGAGAAGAAGAAGAAAGACGGAGAAGGAACGACAGAAGCAGAUCCUUCCAAAUCUGAUUCAACAUCCGAUACCAAAAGUGAUGAUGGAGCGAGCAAUAAUGACGAUAAUGAUGACGGUGAUAAGAGCAAAAAGACGGGAGGAGAAGUCGUUAGCCCUGUAAAUGACUCAUCUUCCUUGGAGAAAAGUAGUACAAAUCCAUCAGAUAAAGCAGCAGGCGGAGGAGAGGAAAGUCCUUCCACAGAGAAAUCAACGAGUGAUGGCACACCGACAGCGAAAUCUGCUACAGACAAGAUACUGCCCAAGCAGCCUGACUCUGUCACCACCCAACUACCACCCCAACAACAACACCAAUUCAUCCAACAGAUCCCACAAACCGUCACGGUGUCCUCCACCCCGCAAAUCUUUCUCCAACAGAGCGGUGGUCAACCCACAUUUACCACGUCGUCAAUCCCAACCAGCGAUGCUUUCGGCCAAAUGCGUUACCCAAUUAUUCAAACGAUUCAACCAUUCUUCUCCACGGGAGGCCAACUCAUCUUCUCAUCACCGAAUCAGGCGCAACAAGGCCAAGGCAACACGACUGGGGAUCCAUCCUCCAUCCUGCAACAAGGGCAGCAACAGCACCAGCCAAGCAUUCAGCAGCAACCUCAGCAACAGUCUUUCAUCUACCAUCACCAAGAUGCCCAUCAAGCCCAUCAACCCUUCUCCGCCAUUCUGGGGGACGGUACAACCAUGCCGUUCAUGUUUGACCCGGCCGCGGGCACCUUUAUUUCCCCCCUGACCUUGCAGUCCAACAAUAAUGCUACCACCCCAGGGGGGAAGAAGAAGAAGAAGCGUCUCUCCAAGAAACAGCAGCAGCAACAAGCCCACCUCCAACUCCAGCAGCAACUACUCAUCCAACAAAUCCAGGCUCAACAGCAAGCCCAGCAAGCUUUAUCGGCCGCCUUCUCGUCUCCCUUGACCAUUUUCCCGCAGUCCUUCCCCCUCAGCCUGCAACCUAUGGGGAUGAAUAUGAACAUGAAUAUGAACAUGCCCUUCUUCCAGCCUCAAACUAUACUCACGCUGCCGAACCUUAUUCUCAAUCCGGCCGAUGGGACGCUGUUCCUCCAGCCAAGUGCUCCCGUCGCCACGCAGCAGCAAGCCACCACACUUGGCCAGCAGCAACAGCAGCAAGGAAACGUUCAGCUCCAGCAAGGGCAGCUUAUCGGUGGUGGUUUAAAUCGUUCCAGCCUUCCAACGAAUCCGCUCAUUGCGCCGAAAAAGGACGAAACUGGGUCAUCAUCAUUAUCAAAACCUGGCUCCGAGUCGGGAUCUUCGGACGAUCUGCGGAGGAAUAAUCCAACUCCGGACUCGAGCACGGGGGACAUUGGGGCAGCGGGUGGGGUGACACAACUCGGGAUAUUGGCCGGGUGUGGGGGAAGUAGUGGGAGUAAUUCCUCCUCCACAACAACGACGCCAAUCCCCAGUCCGAUAAUUAGCGUGGGUGGUGGCGGCGGCAAUGGUGGUGGUGGCUUAAUUCCUUUGGGACCAGGACAUCAAACGACGACGACAACUACCGUGCUUCCGGUGGUGAAGAAAGCCUCAAUCAGCAAGUCUAGAGCUGUCAGUAGUAGUUCCACGGUUAAGAGGAUUUUCCACCAGAAACAAAUCCUACCAAAAAUUGAUUCUACUACACCAUCGAAUGAUUAGUAGAUUAAAAAUACCUUCCAAUAAUAAGUUUCUCUCAAUUGGAAGGAAUUGAGCAGGAAUCCAAGAAAAUAGUUAUAAAUAGGACGAAAUUGAGUUAAUUUCGACUGGAAACCUUACAUUUGUUGGUAAUGCAUACAUGUAACAUGCGAAAGUUGAGUUUUACAAAAGAUCUGGGUGCUAUAUAUUCAUUACAUUUACAUUUAUAAAACUGGAUCGUCGUGUAUGCAUUAUAAAAUUACUAAUUUACAUAAACACUAAGCUACUCGUACGCAUAUUAACAAAACUAAUGAUAUUAUUACGACAACAGUAUGAAUACAACCAACCAAACACAAGUCCGAAUAACAUUCAAUAUUACUGCGUAGCUUUUUGAAAUCCUGGUGCAUUUAUCCUUUUCGUCACAUUUUUAUUUUGUAUUUUAAAAAAAAGAUCUGUUUUUAAAUCAAAGUUUUGUUGGAAAUCUCACACAUAAAUAACGACUGAGAAAAAGGGAUAGGAAUUUCCACAUUCACUAUAUUUUCAACAAAUUAUGACUAAUUUUUAUAACGAGAAGACAGUUUUCUUUUUAACUUAUAUCCCAAAAUGUAGUUUGUCUGUUCUCAUUUAUUUCAAACUAUUUGUAGCAAUUGAGACCUCCCAGCGUAUGGUCUCAGAUUUUGACCAAAUUAGUGUCACACGGAUGAUAACAAAUUUAAUUAGUAUGAAAUUUGCAAAUUGUACGAUCUGCCAAAACCUGAGAAUUGGCAGAUAGUUUCUUUUGCAAAUUUCACAUUUAUUAAAUUUGUGAUCGAUUGACACUAACUUAAUCAAAAUCAGAGAUCACACGCUGAGAGACCUCCAUUGUACGUAGGUAAAUUAUGAAACCCUUGUGAUAGCAGUUUAACAUUUGUUAUUUUAUUAUACUUGAUUUUAAGUCGUUGACCGGUGUUGAAAAAUUUAAUUUUAACCCUUUACCGUGUAUGAUUGACGACAAGAAAACGCAUUAAAUCGGGGACACUAUAAGUAUGUUGUGGUCAUGACGCGGGAGGAGAAAUUCAGGUGUUUUUAAUAAAACUCGAAAAACUGAAAAA